ACAAAUGACGGAUGAUUGUUUUGUUGACGUUUUUUUAGUUUGUACUUUUUAGUAAGUAGGUAUAAGAUUUAGCUGAGAAUUGAAAUGUAUUUUGUAACCAUAUUUUACUGACAGAUCUCGCGUUGUUAUCAAUAAGUUAUCGCAAAUGCUCACGGCAACUGAAAUCAUCCUUAUCAAUGUAUUUAUUUCAUUCUUUCCCUCAUUAUAUUCUUACUUCUAACCUCGGCUUGGCGCACUUUUAACAGCAACCGACUUUUUGUGUUUAUAUAAUUUAAAAUGUCUCAAAAAAUAAUUUUUGUCGGUUAUAUCAUUUAUUCUAAUUCGUUGAAAGACCUUAAUUCAUUUGCGGGUUACUUAUGUGUCGAAGACGGAGUGAUAACCAAAAUGGGUAUAAAAGAAGAUUUUGAAGCUUCUGAGAAGAAAGGACAAUUCAAUGGGUUUAGAAUAAAGCAUUUGGGAGGCAAUCAAUUUUUGAUGCCGGGUUUCAUAGAUUGUCACACCCAUGCACCACAGUUUCCCAAUUUAGGCCUAGGGCUUGACAGACCCCUGUUGGAGUGGUUGGACAAAUAUACAUUUCCCUUGGAGUCCAAGUACAAAGAUGUAGAUUUUGCAGCGAGGGUGUAUGAUAAUGUAGUUCAAAGAUUAUUGAUAAAUGGUACAACCACUGCAUGUUACUUUGGAUCUCUGCACAAGGAGGGUAGUUUGGAAUUAGUAAAAAGUGCCAUAAAACACAAGCAAAGAGCCCUUGUUGGGAAAGUCAGUAUGAACAUACAAAAUGAUGCUGGAUAUUACAAUGAUACUGCUACAGAGUUGAAACAAACUGAAGAGUUCAUUAAGAAGGUUUUAGAUUAUAAAACUGAUUUAGUACAACCCAUAGUGACACCAAGGUUUGCUGUAAGCUGUGAUGAUAAGUUAAUGCAUAGUCUAACAGAUAUAGCACUAAAAUAUGAUUUAAGGAUACAGAGCCACGUAUCGGAAAAUACGAAAGAAAUAGAAUAUGUAUUAAGUCAAUUUCCUGGUUGCGCAAACUACUCCGAUAUUUAUGAUAAGUGCGGAAUAUUGACAAACAAGUGUAUAAUGGCGCAUGCAGUAUUCCUUUCACAAGAGGAGCAGAGGUUGUUUGCUAAAAAGGGGGUAUCCGUCGCACAUUGUCCCGCUUCUAACACAAGAUUGAGAUCCGGCUUGUGUCCCGUUAGACAACUUUUAAAUAACAAUGUCAAUGUUGGACUUGGCACUGAUGUGUCAGGUGGUGAUAGCUCGAAUAUAUUGGACGCAAUAAGGCGCGCAGUGGAUGUGUCUACUCAUCUCGACUUGCAGGGAAAUGGCGGGAACGCCCUCGAUUGGAAGGAAGGUUUUUUCUUGGCGACACUAGGUGGCGCUAUUGCUUUAAAUCUCGACGACAAAAUCGGGAACUUUGCUAUAGGCAAAGAGUUUGACGCUCUCGUCAUUGACGUGUUUCAAGGCCAAGUGGACGACUACGGGUAUCCAGUAGCAACUAACGAAGAGCACAUUAUGCACCUCUUACAAAGAUUCCUUUAUAUAGGGGACGAUAGGAACAUAGUACAAGUUUACGUUAAGGGAAAUAUUGUGAAAGAUAUUCAGUGAUUCAUUGUGAUAAUUUUGAUAUAUAGCAUUUUACCAGGGAUAACAUUUAUUAAUUAGGUAUAGAGAAUUGAUUUAUUAGCGAAAUAUAGUACAUUCCAGUGAGCAAUUUAUUUUUACAAAUAUACCAUGUGUAUUUUUAUAUUUACCAUUAUGAAUAAAUAGUUAAUUUCAUUUUA